AUAGACUAAGUGAGCCAAAGACGGAUGUAACGUCAUCUCAUGAGGCAUAGCCUACAGGUGGAGAACUGCAUUGAUUUGAAGCAUUUUAGUUUCCUGUUGGUUCAUCGUUGUAAUCGAAUUUGAUUUCACCAAGACCUAUACAUAUUGGCAGACAAUAAUGUGCCCAGUUUGCGGCGGUUAUGUCGCUUUAAUGACAAUGCUAAUUUGUGAUCACACCGAAGGGUUUCUACGUGUAUGUUACUACUUAAACUGGACAGCCCAAAGGGCGUCGCCUUUCUCAAGGUUUGACACCAGCGACAUUGACACCACCUUAUGUACCCACUUGGUCUACGCUUUCGGAGAAAUAGACACAUCACAAAAAACACUGUCGAUAUCAUCUAGCACAGACUAUAGGCACUUCAAUGAGUUGAAAACCAAAAACCCAGAGCUUACAACACUUUUGUCUUUAGGAGGGGACACAGACAGGGGAGAGGGCUUCCUUAACGUUUCUCAGACGGACACCUCAGCGGACACGUUUGCCACGAACACUGUGGGCAUUUUGAGAGUCCUUGGUUUUGAUGGGCUGGAUAUUUAUUGGAUACACAAAACCACAAGUGAAAACUAUCUAAGACUUCUAAGGAGUAUAAGAAGAGCCUUUGAUGUGGAUCCCGGGUCACCCCGUCUGCUUCUAACCAUCAACAUCCUUGCUUUAAGGAAUGAACUGGCCGAGGCUCCUAUUAUUCAAGAGAUUAGCAAAGAGUAUAUUGACUACGCCAUUCUUAUGACCUUUGACUUUGUCAGCUCAUUCUACGACCAGAUAACACAUUACGACAGCCCCCUGUACGCGAUUGAAGGCGCGAACUUCAACAAGGAGCACAGCACGGAGUGGGCAGUGUCUUUUUACCGUAGCCUGGGGCUCCCUCUUCACAAGACAAUUAUUGCUGUUAGAGGAGCUGGCAAGUGGCAGGUUCUCCAAGAUACGUCUUUAACAGAUCUAGGCUCACCGACAAAGACAGAGCCUUAUGGAACGUUUUUUAAAGUCUCACCAGAGUAUAUGUUACCUGGAGCCAUAGUUUAUCCAGAGAUUUGUAGAUUUAUGUUGUCCAACGCAUCGACUGCCAGGGUGUUUGACGAGAAACACAAAGCUGUUUAUUUGGUGAGUGGGGAGAACUGGAUCUCCUAUGAAGACACGGACACGAUCAGAGAGAAGGUCACGUGGGCUAGAAAGAACGGUUUGGCUGGAUUUAUGUUUUGGUCACUAGACCAGGAUGAUUUUAGCGGAACGGGAUGUGAACAAGGAAGAUACCCACUUCUCUCUACGGUCAAAAAGGUCAUGGAAGCCUUGGACUCAAGUCCAGACAACCUUGACACAACUUCUACAGAUUCCGUAAAGACAACACACACGACAGCACCAACUAAGCCACCUGGAGCACUGACCACAGCAACAAGAAAGACAACCGAAACAAAAUUAUCGGAAAUAGAGACAACCGUAACAAUGUUAUCAGAAACAAAGAACAAAGGUAUAACGUAACGAUUUUGAACUUGUUAUAAUAGUCAUUAUGUUUUUGU